AUGGAGCACUCAUUUCUAUCAUCCCAAGCCUCUAGAGCAAUAUUUGAGGACACAUUCCUUCUGGGCAUGAAAAAUUCAAGAAUCGAGCAAGUAAGAAGCGUGCUUGCCAAAUUCGAACAAAAUUCACUGGAGAGCUUAGUUCUUGUGGAUAUCAUCCAACGGCUUGGCCUCGAUUAUCUGUUUGAAGAUGAGAUCGGAGCCAUUCUUGACAUGCACAACAUUUUGGCCACUAAAAGCGCAUUUCUCAAGCACGAGCUUUACCAAGCUUCCCUUUGUUUUCGUCUGUUGAGGCAACAAGGAUACCAAGUUAAUGCAGAUGACUUUUUCGGAAAAUUUAAGGACGAGGAGGGCGGAUUCUGUUUCGGGGAUGGUCUGAAUACGGACACAAAAGCCGCACUCGCUUUGCACGAAGCUUCACACGUGCGCGUAAACGGAGAAGAAAUUCUGCACGAGGCAGCAAAAUGCAGCUCUCAAUAUCUGAGUCUUAUGCUGAUUAAUAACAUCAAAAGCCUCGAUCAAGACCACGCUAAAACGGCGAAGCAUUCUUUACUAUAUCCACAACACAAAACAAUGACUCAAUUCAUGUCCAUGGAUUUUCUUCGAAGCCUCAAAGGUCAAUACGGUUGGGAAUCUUCGCUGCAAGAACUAGCAGAAUUAGAGUACACGAGUCUCGAGUCACUGCACAAGGAUGAACUUGUUCGAGCUGUCAAGUGGUGGGAAAAUUUGGGCCUGAGUAGCCAGCUAAAAUCGUUAAGAAACGAGCCCAUAAAAUGGCACUUGUGGUCGAUAGUUACGCUUUGGGAUCCAAAGUGGUCCGAACAGAGGAUUUUACUGACGAAGCCCAUCUCACUCGUUUUUGCUGUCGACGACAUUUUCGACCUUUACGGCACAUUAGAAGAACUCACUCUCUUCACGGAUGCUGUUAACAAAUGGAAAAUUUGUGCCGCCGAAAAGCUACCGCCUUACAUGAAGACAUGCUUCAUGGCGAUUUACGACUCCACGAACGAAAUUAGUCGAGUGGUGUCUCAAGAGCACGGUUGGAAUCCAGUCGAGUUUCUCAAGAAAGAGUGGAAAAAUUUGUUCGAUGCAUUUUUGAAAGAAGCCGAGUGGUUUUCGUCUGGAAAAUUGCCAAAGUCGAAAGAGUAUCUCAAGAAUGGAGUUAUAAGCUCAGGGGUUGUAAUGGUUCUUGCACAUCUUUUUUUCCUCAUGGGAAAUCGUUUAACGAAAGAAACGGAAAGUCUACUCAACGAUCAAUCUCAAGGCAUUACUUAUUCGGUCGCUACUUUACUUAGGCUUCUCGAUGAUUUGAGAACAGCUCAGGACGAGCAACAAGAAGGUUAUGAUGGAUCUUACAUAGAGUGCUACAUGGAAGAACACGGCCAUUCUUUAGAGUCGGCACGUGAGCAUGUUAUGGCAAUGGUUUCAUGCACGUGGGAAAAUCUGAACAAGAAAUCCCUUUGUUCAGUCAGUCCAUUUUCUCUAUCUUUCAGAAAAGCAUGUCUAAAUGCGGCACGGAUGGUCCCGAUGGUGUAUGCUCACGACAAAAAUCUUCGGAUUCCGGUUGUUGAGCACCUCAUUAAAUCUUUGCUACGUGAGUCAUCUAAUUUGCCGAAAGCAUGA